AUGAUCCCACGAUUAUUUCUCGUUCUGGCCCUAGCCACCCUUUCUAUCGCCUCUGGAUGCCCCUUCGCACAUCUCAGGAAAGAGGGUGCACUUGGUGAUAUACCCGAAUUAUCCCAUGAAAAACUGGCCGAUUUCGUUGCCAAAAUCAAGGAGUAUGCUCCGGAUGGGGACAUUUCUCAGCUAGGGGAGCAUCCCAGCUCUGGUGGGGUUCGAGAUGAUCUCUAA